CACUGGAUGGAAAUGUACAAGUUUACAACCUCGCAUUGUCUGUUUCGAAGUCGUACUGUACGCCUCGUGUUUCGCGUCUCAAAUGCACGUGUUUUAAAAAAUAUCAACGAUUAGAAAAAAAUGAGUGGCUUGUGCAAAAUGUGAUUUUGUUUCGGUUUUAACAGUGUGCUGUUUUUUGUCUUUUUUAACGACUUUUUGGAUUAUCUCUGUACCUAUAAGUGAUUGCCAUGUCUGAAAGAAACGGGGGUGCCACAGUGCCACGAAGUGACACUGAUGACGUCGAAUUGAGGAACUUGACAACCGAUAAUGACAAAAGGACACGGUUUCAAGUGAAUAGAGUACGAAGUGAAAGCCACAACACGGAUAAAGAUGGGAAGGAUUCUGUCGGUGUUCUCACAGAGGAUGAGAACACUGACGAUGACGAUUUGCACUCGGUCACAGAUAGGACACGACUCAACUCGGAGUAUGUGAAGAGUUUCCGACACUUGACACGAGAGGCUUUGCCACGACUGGACAACUACAGGAACAUAAUGUCCCUACAGGCUGCCAAUAGACCAACACUUGAUGAACUCCACAAUGCCACUCUUCCCAAUAAGGGAACGUCCGUAACAAAUUUAAAUGACAAAACCGGCGAUAUCGACGGCCAAAUAAAAUUCGGAUGGAUUCAGGGAGUUUUAAUGCGAUGUCUGCUCAACAUAUGGGGCGUUAUGCUGUUCCUGCGACUGUCCUGGGUUGUGGCUCAGGCUGGAGUAGGCGAAGCAAUUCUUCUUAUUUUGACCACAACUGUGGUAACGUCCAUCACAGCCUUGUCCAUGUCUGCCAUCAGCACCAACGGUGUUAUCAAAGGAGGAGGGACCUAUUAUAUGAUCUCGCGCAGUUUGGGCCCCGAAUUUGGCGGUUCAAUCGGUCUGAUUUUCGCCUUAGCUAAUGCAGUGGCUUGUGCUAUGUACGUUGUUGGUUUUUGCGAAUCUCUCAAUGCUUUACUAACAACACACCAGCUUUUCAUCAUUGAUGGAAGUGUUCAAGACGUGCGGAUUAUCGGCACGCUCACAAUUGUCGUCCUGACGCUAAUUGUUGUCAUUGGAAUGGAGUGGGAGGCUAAGGCACAAAUCGGCCUUCUUGUGAUCCUCCUAGCUGCAAUUUUUGAUUUUUUCGUUGGUAGUUUUAUCGGUCCGACGAAACAAGAAUCGAUCGACAAGGGAUUUGUCGGCUUUAAUUUAACUGUUUUACGCGAGAAUUUUUAUCCAGAUUAUAGGAAAUCUCAAGGCGUGAAUCAUAAUUUUUUCACGGUUUUUGCGGUUUUCUUCCCGGCGGCUACCGGGAUUUUAGCUGGCGCCAACAUCUCAGGGGACCUUAAGGACCCUCAGAAGAGUAUCCCUAAAGGGACCCUGCUGGCAAUUCUGAUAACCACCCUGUCUUAUAUUUUAAUGGCAUUUAUUUGUGGUUUUACUGUGCUUAGAGACGCCACCGGUCCUCUAACCACCACAAGUGUAACACUUAACUUAACCAAUGAAACUUUGACAAAUGUAACAACAAUAAAUGUUACAAUUCCGCCAACGGGACCAUUUAAAUAUGGUCUACACAAUGAUUUUCAAGUGGUCGAAUUGGUUGCUUGGUUCGGUCCAAUUAUCUAUGCUGGUUGUUUUGCUGCAACUUUAUCUUCGGCACUCGCUUCGCUCGUUUCGGCACCUAAAGUGUUUCAGGCUUUGUGCAAAGACAAACUCUAUCCAGGAAUCGAAUGGUUUGCUAAAGGUUAUGGGAAAAACAACGAACCGAUGAGAGGAUAUGUCCUUACUUUUAUUAUAGCCGUUGGGUUUAUUUUAAUCGGAGAAUUGAACGUGAUUGCUCCGCUUAUAUCAAAUUUCUUCUUAGCUGCCUACACUUUGAUCAAUUUCUCGACGUUUCAUGCAUCUUUGGCCAAACCAGUCGGCUGGAGACCCACAUUUAAGUACUACAACAUGUGGCUUAGCCUCGCCGGUUCCAUUCUGUGCGUCUUGGUCAUGUUUUUGAUUUCCUGGUGGACAGCUUUGGUCACUUUUGCCGCAGUCCUAGCCCUUUAUUUGAUAGUUUCCGUUCGAAAACCUGACGUAAACUGGGGCUCAACCACACAAGCCCAAAUUUACAAAAACGCCCUUCAAGCCGUCCAGCAAUUGAACGCCGUUGAAGAACACGUCAAAAAUUACAGACCACAGAUUUUGGUUUUAUCAGGAAUGCCAAGUGCGCGGCCAGCUUUAGUCGACUUUGCAUAUUUAAUCACCAAAAAUCAGUCUUUGCUAGUGUGUGGACACAUUAAUACGAGCCGAUUGCACCAGCGGGUCCGAAACGUCCUCAACUACAAAGCCAACUGUUGGCUAAGGGCCCACAAAUUGCGCGCUUUCUACAUGCAAGUCGAUGGUCAAAACUUUGAAGACGGUUGUACUUCGUUACUUAAGGCUUGCGGUAUCGGAAAAUUGCGGCCUAAUAUUUUACUAAUGGGACACAAGUCUGACUGGCAGACGUGUUCCAAGGACGAUCUCGAGCAAUAUUUCUGUGUUUUACACAAAGCGUUAGAUUUGCAUUUGAGUGUUGGGAUUUUGCGGCUGCAGGAAGGCUUCGAUUUUAGUCAUCAUUACGCCGAUGAUCCGAAAAUUAAAAACAGCACUGAAUCUUUACCACGAAAUCAGUCAUACAGUCACAUGUCGCAAGCCAGUAGUAAUAGUGAUAUUUCGGUGCCUAACACUCCCAUCUCGAGGAACCGGGAAGUGGUUAAUGUUUGUCCCAGUGCUGAGGAUUCGGCAAAAAAGCCGAAAUCGGUCGGGGGCUCUUUGAGCGAAAUCGUCGUUGACGAUUAUAUCGACAGGGAGAGGAUGAGUCAGAUGUUUCUGUUCCAGAAGAAACAGAAGCGGGGGGUUAUUGACGUGUGGUGGCUUUAUGACGAUGGAGGCUUGACUUUGCUCCUUCCGUACAUAAUAAGCACCCGAAGGAACUGGAGCACUUGCAAGCUGCGCGUGUUCGCUUUGGCCAACAAGCGCGACGAGCUCGAACUAGAGCACCGAAACAUGGCUAGUCUUUUGGCCAAGUUCCGAAUCGACUAUUCCGAUUUACAAGUAGUCUCCGACAUUACGAAUAAACCAACAGACAUGACAUUGCAAUUUUUCGACCAACUGAUCGCCGAUUUCCGGAAACCGGAAGACGAAAAUGAUCCAAGUUCGGUGCAAAUAACUGACUCGGAGCUGAUGGCAGUCAAGGACAAAACUAAUCGGCAUUUGCGACUCCGAGAGCUCCUGUACGAGCAUUCGUCCGAGUCGCAAAUGAUUGUGAUGACUUUGCCCAUUCCGAGGAAAGGCAUAGUGUCGGCACCUCUGUAUUUGGCCUGGUUGGAAGCCCUAACUAGAGACAUGCCCCCGAUGCUGCUGGUUAGGGGGAAUCAAACGUCCGUCCUUACUUUUUACUCUUAAUUUUAUUGUAGCGAACAAUCUCACUUGUAUUGAAAAUACUCACCGAAUGUCGGCGGUUUUUAUUAUCAGGCGUUAGUUUAGUAUUUUUGAAUACUUUACAAAGUAUUGUACUCGUAUUAUUUUUUAACUCGAUGAUGAAAAGUAUUAGUAGGUACAUGAUAGCUUAAGCCUUAUUUUAUUUAAUCUGUAUUUGUGCGAAAAGCAUAAUAAAGUUGUCUUUUUUAA